AUGGCUGCUUCUACUACUUCAGCAGAUUUCUUGCUCUAUGUCUCGGCUAAUACCUCCUCCACUGAGUUUGAAAAAUUCUUGGUAAUUUGCUGGAGUAUAUGGUUUGAACGUAAUGCUGAAUACCAUGAUAAACCAUCAAAGAAGGCUGCUGCAGUAUUGGAUUUUGCUACAAACUACCUUCUGAAAUAUCAAAAUGCUCAGGCUUCCUCUUUGAACAAUGCUGGUACUGCUACAUCAACUGCUUCACGGGCUUCAGUGACUCAAGAAACACCAUUGCCACCACCAACUGCUCUAUGGACUGCCCCGCCGCUUGGCAAACUUAAAUUGAAUUCUGAUGCUGCAUGUAACAAAGCUUUGGGUAAAAUUGGUAUCAGUGCUGUGGUGAGAGACUCAUUUGGAGUUAUAGUUGCUGCCUUAUCGAAACCAAUACAAGGGUGUUUCAAACCUGAAGAAAUGGAAGCUGUAGCUCUUGCUCACUCUCUGAAAUGGGUUGUCAAUCUUGGAUUAUCAAUUAAUUUCAUAGAAACUGAUUCUUUAUUGGUGGUUCAAGGUUUAAAAAUAGCACAUAUGUGUAAUUCUGCUUUUCAUUUGAUUUUAAACGAUGUAAACUAUUUAGUAUCCUUUUUCCCACGAGCACAGAUCACUCAUGUUAGACGAUCUGCUAAUACUUAUGUUGAUGUUUUGGCUAAGUUUGCUCUUACGGUGGAUACUGAUGUUUCUUGGUUGGAGGAAUUUUCACCUCCACUUAUGACUGUUAUGUAA